AGCCCGCGCUGUGUGGUGCUUAGGUUUGGGCUUAGGUCCGGGUGGGGGAAGGAGAAGCGCAAGGGCGCUGAGGUGAGCAAAGCCCAGAGACUCAGCCAGGGCUCAAGUGCAGUCUCUCAUUCUUGUCUCAGGCGGGGGAAGAAUUCCCUUAACCACAUUCACAACCUUGCCUCGGGCACCUUAGCUGGGGCUGCCAGGAGGCCGCGGUGGCCGGGCAGCUGUUGCACCAAGAGGGGGCAGCUGCGGAGUUCCAUAACCAUAGCAACCGCAUCAGUACCAAGGCGGCAGUGGCGGUGGCGGCGGCAGCAGCGGCGGCGAGGGCAGCGUACGUUUGCUCCUCCUCCAGGCAGCCUCACGGUGGAGACCUGAGACACAGCUCGCAGGUGCCGUGGACUCCUUGGUCCGCCCACGGUCGCUGCCAGUGUUGGCUGCUGGAGAAGGUGAGAAGAAGAGAGCGGGACCAGAGCUGGAACUGGGCCCUAGGAGGUGAGAGAGAGAGCCCUGCAGUGGGAGACAGGUAAUGAACCGAAAAGAUCAUGUCUGAAGUACAAGGAACAGUUGAGUUUUCUGUAGAGCUACAUAAAUUCUAUAAUGUGGAUCUCUUUCAGAGAGGGUAUUACCAGAUCCGAGUGACCUUGAAAGUGUCCUCAAGAAUCCCCCACAGACUGAGUGCUUCCAUCGUUGGGCAGUCCGAGAGCAGCAGCCUGCAUUCAGCCUGUGUCCAUGAGAGUGCCGUGCACAGCCGAGUCUUCCAGAUCUUAUACAGGAAUGAAGAAGUUCCUGUAAAUGAUGCCAUGCUCUUCCGGGCUCAUUUGCUCUUGGAUGGUGAGAGGGUAGAAGAUGCACUGAGCGAGGUCGAGUUUCAGCUCAAGGUGGACCUGCACUUUACGGACAGUGAGCAGCAGCUGAGAGAUGUGACCGGAACACCGAUGAUCAGCAGUCGCACGCUUGGCCUGCACUUUCACCCCCGGAGGGGUUUGCACCACCAAGUCCCUGUCAUGUUUGACUACUUCCACCUGUCGGUGAUCUCCGUGACCAUCCAUGCUGCGCUGGUGGCUUUGCAGCAACCUUUGAUCAGUUUCACCCGCCCAGGAAGAGGCUCCUGGUUAGGGAAAGGUGGCCUAGACGCAGGACCAGAACAGCCCACUAUUUCUCUGGAAAACUUGGUCUUUGGAGCUGGAUACUGCAAGCCGACUUCCUCAGAGGGAAGCUUCUAUGUCCCCUCAGAGAACUGCAUACAACAUGCACACAAGUGGCACCGGGACCUCUGUCUGCUGCUGCUCCACGCCUAUCAGGGCCUCCGACUCUAUUUCCUGGUCAUCAUGAGAGACAUUCCUGAGCUGCCCACCAUGGAGCUGGAGGCCCUUGCUGUUGAAGAAACCCUUUCUCAGCUGUGCUCAGAGUUACAGAUGCUCAACAACCCAGAGAAGAUAGCUGAGCAGAUAAGCAAGGAUCUUGCCUGGUUGACCUCCCACCUGAUGGCUCUGUGGACCCAAUUCCUGGACACAGUGACUCUGCACUCCCAAGUGACCACUUAUCUCACCCAGGAACAUCACACUUUGAGGGUCCGAAGGUUUUCUGAAGCUUUCUUUUAUAUGGAGCACCAAAAACUUGCAGUCUUGACCUUUCAGGAAAACCUGAUCCAGACCCACAGCCAGCUAUCUCUGGACAUCCGGAACUCAGAGUACCUCACCAGCAUGCCCCCACUGCCCGCAGAGUGCCUGGAUAUUGAUGGUGACUGGAACACCCUGCCCGUUAUCUUUGAGGACAGAUAUGUGGACUGCCCUGUCUCAGGGCAUAAUUUGAGUGUUUAUCCUAAUUUUGAUGUCCCAGUGACAAGUCCUGCAAUAAUGAAUCUAAAAGGGAAAGAAAAGAAUCUUAUAAAUCAAAAGUCAUCUUUGAGGAAAGACCUUCCAUUAUCUCCUACAAAGGCACCCCAGUUGGGCUCUGAUGAAGAUGUUAUUAGGUGUCCAGAAAUGGAAGAGAGUGUCUCCACACAGAAUCCUGUGGAUGUGUGCUCAGAAUCUCAGGUGUAUUUGACCAUUGGUGAAUUCCAAAACAAGGCUGUCAUGCCUGAAGGUGAAUGCUGGACUGGCCCAAGGUCUGACGCUGUGCGAGAUUCAGAUGUGGAUAUCCACAGGAAAAGUCCAGGUCCGGAAGAUGGAAAGACCCCAGCAUUGACCUACAUUGACGUAAAAUCUAGCAAUAAGAACCACCCUAGAGCUGAGCCUAUGCUGGGCCUUAAUGUGCACCAUGAGCACAGGCGCUCUCAGGACAGCUAUGAUCUUGUUAAGACUCUGCCAAGCAAUGCUGUAGCGGGAAUAAGUCAGAAUAAUGCUGUCUCUUUAAAUGAAACAGCUGCCCUUGAGUUCAGGACUCUAGGAAGGGGAGCAGACCAGGAGGGAAAGCCUGUACUGCUGAGCCUGAAGCUCACCCCUGCUGAGCCCUGUGACUCAUUAAACACCCCACACAGGGAACCUUUGGACACCACAUCUUCCCUGCAGGACCAUGCAGAAGAGCAGGAAGAUCUGUCAGCACUCUCUGGCAUCAUCAAGAGGUCAGCCUCCAUCAUAUCUGACUCAGGCAUUGAAAGCGAACCAAGUUCCGUUGCCUGGUCCGAGGCCCGAAGCAGGGUGUUGGAGUUACCCAGUGAUCGUGAAGUUUUACACCAGGUGGUUCGAAGGCAUGGCCACCACAGGAACUCUUUAGAGGGUGGCCAUACAGAAAGCAACACCAGUCUGCCCAGUGGCAUCCAGGCUUCUCUUACCUCUAUCAGCUCUUUGCCUUUUGAAGAUGAGGAGCGCGAGUUGGCACUUACUAAGCUAACCAAGUCUGUCUCUGCACCCCAGAUCAGCAGCCCUGAGGAUACUGCUGAAGGUGCAGACACCAUGAAGCACACAGGAGGAUUUUCUGAAGACCUGGACAGUUCUAGCAAGGACAACAGUUCACCUGGACACAGUUCUCAUUCUUCUGGUGACUCCAGAGUCCAGGAUGUCAGGGCAGGACACUCUCUUGCAGAUAUAACUUUAGAAUCUGACAGAGCCCAGGGUCCUGGGUACAUAGACAUUCCUAAAGGUGAAGAGAACCAGUCCGAUCCUCAAGGACCCUGCUGUCUGGAUGGCACAGCUAGGAACAUGCCAAGUGUUGAAACCAAAGUUCUUAACUUAAAAAUACCAUGUUCUAUAGUGCUUGAAAAUUCUAAGACCAGAUCUUUUCAAAGAACAGUAGUGGAGACCACAAAAGGCAAACCUAAAGAAUCAAGUGGGGAUAAACACAUACUCCCCAACCACAGCAUUUCAGAAGCCAGGGCUGUGUCUCACAACAGGGUGCCUGAAAUCAGGAGUACAGCUGCUCUUGAAGCUGUCAACUUGAACUCUCCAGGUCUACGAACUGAUUCAUCAAGUGUCAACGAUACCAUGCCGUUGAAUAGAAGACAUAAUGCCUCUCUGGAGGUCAAACAUGAAGCAGGCACUGUGUGCCCCACUGUGACUCACGCUAUUGCCUCCCAAGUGUCACGAAACCAAGAGCUAAAGACAGGAACUUCCAUGUCUGGGUCCCACUUGAACUCCGCAGAGGCCUUUACCCUGGACAGCCUAAAGGCAGUGGAGGUCGUUAACUUGUCUGUGUCUUGCACUGCUACCUGUCUCCCUUUCUCGUCUGUACCCAAGGAGACCCCCGCUAGGGCUGGACUCUCUUCUAAACAAAGCCUAGCCCCCAUCACUCAUCAACCUUUGGGCUCUUUUGGAGUUGUUUCUACCCAUUCCAGCAAGCUGGAAGAAGAAGUCAGUGAAAGGAUGUUCAGUUUUUAUCAGGCCAAAGAAAAGUUUAAAAAAGAACUGAAGAUUGAAGGAUUUCUGUACAGUGACUUAUCUGUACUAGCUUCUGAUAUACCAUAUUUCCCACCAGAGGAAGAGGAGGAAAACUUGGAAGAUGGGAUUCACCUGGUGGUCUGUGUCCAUGGCCUGGAUGGGAACAGUGCAGACCUACGGCUGGUGAAGACUUUCAUAGAACUGGGGCUCCCUGGGGGAAAAUUGGACUUCCUAAUGUCUGAAAAAAAUCAGAUGGACACAUUUGCAGAUUUUGAUACCAUGACAGAUCGAUUGCUGGAUGAAAUCAUUCAACACAUCCAGUUGUACAACCUCUCCAUAUCUCGAAUUAGCUUCAUCGGUCAUUCUCUUGGUAACAUUAUCAUCAGAUCCGUCCUCACAAGGCCCCGGUUCCGGUAUUACCUCAACAAACUCCACACCUUCCUGUCACUGUCUGGGCCUCACUUGGGUACUCUGUACAACAGCAGCACCCUGGUCAGUACAGGCUUGUGGCUCAUGCAGAAACUGAAGAAAUCUGGCUCCCUUUUGCAGCUGACCUUCAGGGAUAAUGCUGAUUUGCGCAAAUGUUUCCUUUACCAACUUAGCCAAAAAACAGGGCUGCAGUAUUUUAAAAACGUUGUUCUGGUUGCUUCUCCCCAAGACCGCUACGUGCCAUUUCAUUCAGCGAGGAUCGAAAUGUGUAAAACCGCCCUCAAAGACCGACACACAGGGCCAGUGUAUGCAGAAAUGAUCAACAACCUCCUGGGCCCACUGGUGGAAGCUAAGGACUGCACUUUGAUCAGACAUAAUGUGUUCCAUGCUCUGCCCAACACUGCCAACACUCUGAUUGGCCGUGCAGCUCAUAUUGCUGUGCUGGACUCGGAACUCUUCCUUGAGAAGUUUUUCUUGGUGGCAGGACUCAAUUAUUUCAAGUAGGGCCUCCAGGGAACAGCCGGGUGACUGGCCAGAGCUGUUUAAGACCAGCUCGGUUCUUAGCUAUGUCAUGCUUUUCCAUACCUCUGAAUUCCAGAGUGGAGUAGAAGGAGAUGGAGAGUAUGGAGGGAUGAAGCUGGGGUGGGGCUGGACACUAGAGAUAUUUGUAACUGAGACAUUGAGGAAGCUGAACAAACAGUGUAAACCACAACGGAGUUCUCGUGAAUUUGUCUAGCUACCUAGAGUCUCAUUCAAGUUGUUUCUAGGGAAAAUAUAAGAAAAUAAGAAACAGAACACACUUGCCACUGGUGAGCCCAGCUUCAUAACUACCCUGGCUCAUGGGAAUUGAUCCAACUUAACUAGAUUUUGCCAGUCUGUUAUUAGGUCAUAGCUUUAUCAUGUGUUAAUUCUAUUAAGUGCACACAAACAUUUCAGAACUCAGGUUAACUUUUGUGUGGAAGUGGGGCAUCUUCCUAUAUAUAUGACCCCCUUAGUAGAUCAAACAUACCACUUGUUCAAAAAUUGUUCUAUACACGCUCUUAUCCUCUCCAUGUUUUCUAAAGAAAGGACAAGGGAAAGCGUGAUAAAUCCACAUUUUGUUUUCUAGCAGCAAUAGGUAGGGCGACUGAAUAAAAGGGGAGAUAAAGGCGACGCUACUGGUAAAUACAGGUUUGGUGUAAACAGAAACAGCUGCGGGGAACAUAUCGAACGAAUUGUUCCACCUAACUUCCUUAAACUUUUUCUAUGCAUAGCCUGGUCCACAGAUUGUUUUCAAUAAAUGAAUGCCUGAAGUCCUGUCUGAAGUAGGGAAGACAAGAGAGGCUCUACCUGGCACAAGGAGGCAGUCGGAUGAAUGCAUGCAUGUGUGAAACUCCUGCAGACACACUUCCAAAGACAUGCUGGAUUAGCCUUGAAUGCAAGGGCAACAAUUCAAAACCAUUAACAUGGCCAGCUGUUUCUCUUCUCCCUGGAAGGAGAAAGACAACCCAUGAGAGGCAUGCUGGGUAAAGAACCUCAGGGGAGCUUUAAGAAGGGUGCUGUUAUCUUUCAAUAGUGAUGUCUUCUUGCCUUAGGAAAAUAAAGGGCUAGGAAAGACCACAUACGUAAAAACUAAUAGAUAGCAGAGGCGAAAGUGAGAUCAGACUGGAGAACAAAAGCCAGAAUGGAAACCCAACUUCAAGUGUUACUGAUGGGUAACAGAUGCAGAAGUUUUGAAAAUAACCGGGAUAUUUAAAAUUGUCCCCAUUUAAGUGCAUUCUGUAGGCUAAAGACAAAAGGAUGAACAUUUAGAUGAAACGCAUCAACCAGGGCAGCAUGAAUGAUCACACUGGAGACAAAAACUGUGGGACUUUUUUUUCCCUAGAAAAACCCUACAUGGUAUGGAAACCUGUCUGCUCUGGGCACCUGAACCAGCUUCCCAGGUCACUGAUCCCAUGGGAAGAAAGCCAUGGGAGUCUGGGUGGAUGCAAGAACCAUAAAUACACACACACACACACACACACACACACACACACACACACACACACACAUACAUUGGGAAAUGAGUACAGAUGGUUAGUUUGCAAGGCAACAAACAUGUGGGUGGUUCUGGGAGGGGGCUGAAGGCUCUGCAAAGGUUGACCUACAGUGGGUUCAAGGUUUCUCCCAGGGUCUUUUCUGUAUUUCUUGAUAUCCUGGUCUUGAUGCAUACAUUUCUCAUUGGGCAUUUUCUCGAAGUCCCAAGUCAGGGAUUGGCACAGGCUCUUGUCUAAUCAGUGGCCCUGACAUGUUGGCUUUGUUCCUUGGAGAACACUUUUUUCCUCAUCACACAACCCAGGAUCUUUUGACUCAGACAAGCGCUGCUGCUUCCCGCAGCAUAGUUAAUCUGUAGCAAGUUCUCCUUUCUGAAUACGUGCGGAGCCCUGCCUGUCUGGUCUGAAAUGCUUGUUUUCUGUUGUGUUUCCAGCCCUCAGCAGCAGCACUUGUCAACCCCUGGUCAUGUGAGAGACCACGUAGUACUUACGGAGCCAGAAUGAGUCUGACGAUCAUCGUCUUUUCCAGUAAUCAGAUGCCAUUUUUAACUUCAAUAUGCUGUCUGGACUUGUGAGAACUCAUGGCAAUAACCGUUCAGCUGCAUGGCACGCCUCUUUUAGGUGUCCUGCUGUCUUUGUAAACCCUAACUGGCAUCUGAGAAUCCACCCUCACCAUGUAGAAGGUGUACUCACGUACUGUAAAUAAGAGUGUCAAUUAUUGCGUGUCAUGCCUCAUUUGAAAAGGCUUUUUUAUGUCUCUUUCUAUUAAAGUAUAUAUAUAAUAUAUAUCAAUAUACAUAAUAUAUAUGUAUAAUGUAAACAUGGACAUUCUAUUAUUGGUUAUAAAAAUGAUAAACAAAAUUCCUGUCAAGGUAAUGAGCCAAUAUGUUUCUUUCCUCAGUUCUGUUUUAGGUUUUGUUUGUUUGAUUUGUAGUUUCCCCAAACUAGUUAGAAAUAAACGUUACUGAUGUUGAGCUUAUUUGGAAUUUGCUGAUCCAGUUACUUGAUUGGAAAAGACACAAUUAAAAAACAAUCAAAGUCAGAUUCAGAUUACUCCCAACCUUGUGAGACUUUAAUACCCUGUUAAAACAACUACCUAACCAAUAAGUUAUAUUACAUAAGAAUUACUUUCAUCAACAAAGUGGUUUCACAAAUCGUUGUCAGUGAGAGCAGCUGGGGAAUAGGGGAGGUGUUCCAUUAUUGGUAGGUCAUCUGUGCUGCUCUGUGUCUAAGUCUCCAGAGUGUCUUUUCUCCUUAUAGCUACAACAUAGUUUCUGAAACUGUGAUGUCUGUACUUUCUAUUAUUAUCAUUCCAGGCUAGCAGACAUAUUCAUCCACAAAUCAAGUUCCUUUAUGAAAGAGCUUGAGCCACUACUCAAUUUUCCACGGAGAAGAUGUUCCUCUAAAGAAUAAAUUGAAGCCACAAUAUCAUGCUUUUAUCUUUGUGUUCUCAAGGUCCUAUAAAUUCAUUAACUCUUGAGAUUGCCAUCACAUUAAUAAUUCUUCCAUAGGUACACAUCAUUCCUUGAGGAGAGCAUCAUGUGUAUUCUUCUGGAAAACCUGAGGCUCAGCCCCUUGCUUGACACAGAAUGGGGGCGGUGUGUGUGUGUGUGUCUGUGUGUGUGCUGUUUUGAUGUGUUUUGUUUUGAAAGCCCUUUCCCUUUUCUCCAGUUUUUUAUAUAAGCCACAGCAACUGACAUUGAUGCCGGAGCAAUUCAGCACUCUUGAAAGUUGGUACCAUGAACUUCUGAAUUCACAAACAGCAGCGUCACGAGAUAAUAACUUACAGUAGAGUUUCAUGUCAUGAGAAGAACCUACUUUCUCACUUAGGAAAGCAGUUCAGAUAUGGAUGAGACAGGGAAAUAAAGCUAGGACAGAGAAUUUGCUGAAUCAGGAAUUUGCAAAUCUGGGGGAAGCUUGGAAAUAUUUUGUAGCAAAAGGGUUUCUGGAGGCAAUUUUGUAGGAAAAAAUUAAUAAAUGUUCUAUAUGACUUAAAUGUGACUUACAGAAUGGCUUGAGGGACAGUCCCUUGUUUGAAAUGUUAGGCUUAGGCUUUUGUCAGUUGAAAUAUUGACUCCCAGGUGUUUUUACUCUGCACAUUUGGAAGUUAAUUCAGUGUGUGAUUGGUUAGAUUAUCUUUUUUUCUACUCAGGGUACAUCAUCAGCCAUUAUUAAGAGUUGGGAAAAGUUUGCAACUUUGACUCACAUCUAGGAAAAGAAUUAUAUCUAACAGUAUUUGGAAGCUGAUAUCUGUAAAUGUCACUGAUUCCUUUACAUUGCUCCCAAUUGCAGAGGUAUUUUUUAAUGUCUUUUAGCUCCAGGCUAAAUUGUUGCAUAUGGAAAAAUAAUUUUCCUCAUCUUUCAUAUCCCAUGGAACUUUAAUAAUAAAGUAUAUCUAACAUUGUAUGAUUAUAUGUUUAUAUGCAUAUACAUACACAUAUGUAAAGGAAAAUACUUGCAUUAUUUUCCUAUAAAGAGUAUAGCUCAUGCAAUCACAAUCAUUUUCUAUGUUUUGAUGAGAAGUCAAUGAUUUUACUUUUACCCAUUUUCCCCCAUAAUUCACUCUUGAAUAUAUUUUUUUUAUAAAUAUCAUUUUUUUGGUAUUUCUUUGGCUCUGUGAUAAAUCUAAGUGGCCAUUAAAAGUAUUAGGUUAGAAGGCUUCCUUUAAUCUGGUGGGAGAAAAAGAUGGCUACUUAAGCAGCCUGGGAUAGAAUGAACUAAGAGUGUUGGGCAAAACAUUACGGAUAUGAUCCUAUGGCUCUAUAAUCGAACAAUACUCCUAAUAUUGGGAUUUUAGUUCCCUAGGUGGGUCUGGAUACAGAUGAUUGAUCCCCAGGAAAUGUCAAAGUGAUUUCAACUCUACUCAGGUAGGAUUGCAAUGCUUCCUUGAGCAAAGCCACCAUUCCUCAUUAGGGUCAAGGUAGGAGAUGGAUGGUAAGAGAUGAAUGGUGUGUGCCAACAUCUAGACUGCCAAGAAGUUCUUUUUGCCCGGUGCCGUAUCACUUGGCUGUAAUUCAUAGUCUUUGGAUUUUCUAAAGACUCUAAGGACUUUUUUUCCCAUUUAGCAGAUAAACUAUGGCUGUGCAAACAAAUAAGAGGCACAUAAUGGCUUCAAAAGCAUGGCCAUGCUUAGACAAGGAGCUGCCUUGGACCAAUGUCCUUUGAUAGCAUAGGGUAAGGCUAUGAGUUUACUUAUUUUAACUUUUAUUUAUUUUUGCAAAUAUUGCAUAUUUAGAUGAUGAAGAAAGGUAAGGGAUUCUGUCAUGGUCUCAAAGAAAGGACUUGUAAUUAUAGCCUGAUGCCACUGUGAUUUCUAACUCAUAUUUACUCUGCUGAAAAAGAAUAUAUAUACAAUAAUCAGUUUCCUAAAUAAACUUGCCAAUUGUCUGUGACACAAAAACCUUAGUCAUAACAAAAUCAUUCGUGCCAAUAAGCUCCACUAUUUUUCUACACUUGCUUCUCGGUUGGCAUUUUGUGUAACAUGUGAUAUAAAUGUGUAUAAAUGAUAAGCAAAAUAACAAUAAUAAAAAUCCUUUGAUUCUUU